AUGGCGUGGGCACUUUUACUAGCAGCGCUGGGAGGAGGAACUGUGGCGGCGGUCUUCAUAGCAGUGCGGCUGUGGGUAGUGCUUCGUGACCGAGUUGUUGUGCCUCGUGAGUCUCUCAGCGUCUUGGUAGUGGCAGGGUCCGGUGGGCAUACCACAGAAAUCCUGAGACUGCUUGGGAGCUUGUCUAAUGCUUACUCUCCAAGACAUUACAUCCUUGCUGACACUGAUGAAAUGAGUGCCCAUAAAAUACGAUCUUUUGAACAAGAUAGAGCUGAAAGAUACCCCACUACUAUGGUUUUAUGUAAUGGACCAGGAACAUGUGUACCUAUCUGUAUAUCUGCCCUUCUCCUUGGGAUACUAGGAGUAAAGAAAGUGAUCAUUGUCUACGUUGAAAGCAUCUGCCGAGUGGAAACUUUAUCCCUGUCCGGAAAGAUUCUGUAUUACCUCUCAGAUUACUUCAUUGUCCAGUGGCCGACUCUUAAGGAGAAGUAUCCCAAAUCUGUAUACCUUGGACGAAUUGUUUGA